AUGAGGACAAAAUCGGCUAUGGAAAAGAUCGGGGGUUAUUCGCUCAGAAGAAAACGCUCAGAAAGUGCUGCGCAAAAGACGAUUACAGAAGUAAGCCGAACAAAUAAGAAACCAAGAAAAGCGAAGUCUGGAACAAGCGUUCACGACGACCAGAAGAGUCUUGCUGUUGAUCGAACUUUUGAAGAAGACACGGAGCCAACACAAGGAAACGACCCAAAGGAAUCACGAGCACCAUCACGGAUCAGUGCUUUGUCAAAAACGCAAUCAUCGGAGCCGAUGUUGAAUCGUGGAAGAUCAACUACGAAUGUCGGUGCGAAAAAUACCAAAGAAUUUGUCGACUCAUUGUCGGUGAUGAAACGAAAUGUUCCUCAACCAGCUCCCAGUCAAAAUCCAGACGCUCGGUUCCGAUCUAAACCACCAAAGGAAGAGAAGACUCAAGGAGGA